UUCCGUUUGAAAUGUGACGACUUCCGUGUUGACCCACGUUUUCAUGUUUCUAACUGGUCAUAUCCUCACCAAAAACAAGGGUUUUUGAAAUACUCAAGAUGAGACCGUUAACCGACGAAGAGACGAAGAUUAUGUUUGAGAAGGUGUCCAAAUACAUCGGUGAAAACAUCAGAAUUUUAGUGGACCGACCGGACGGUACUUACUGUUUCAGACUACACAACGACCGUGUCUACUACAUAAGUGAGAAAAUCCUUAAGUUGGCUACAAACAUUUCCCGGGACAAGCUAGUGUCAGUGGGAACAUGUUUUGGAAAGUUCACCAAGACCAAGAAGUUCCGGCUGCACAUCACGGCUCUGGAUUUCCUAGCGCCCUAUGCAAAGUUCAAGGUCUGGGUUAAACCUGGUGCCGAGCAGUCAUUCCUCUAUGGGAACCAUGUGCUAAAAUCUGGGCUUGGGAGAAUCACUGAGAACACCAUGCAGUACCAGGGAGUCGUGGUCUACUCCAUGGCUGACGUGCCCCUAGGUUUUGGAGUUGCUGCCAAGUCUACACAGGAGUGCCGGCGAGUGGACCCCAUGUCCAUUGUAGUGUUCCACCAGGCUGAUGUGGGAGAGUUCAUUAGGAAUGAAGACACAUUAACAUAAAGAUGCAUUGACAGCUGAAAUACCAAAUUCCCUUUUUACCCCUUUUAUACCCACAACAUUCACUCAAAUUCAGAGAGCAGCUGGUUAAAUGGUUAAUCCAAGUGCCUUUUGUAGCAGAUGUUACAACUGGCCCAUAUUUCCAGUCAAGGGACUGACCUCUGCAUUGACUGGGAUACUGCUUAUCUGCCAUGUACAGGAUUCCCUUCACACAGAGCUUCAUAUGAUUCUCCCUUCACACUGGCUUUGAGUCACAUUUUGCUGAAAGGAGGAACUGCUUUUGUGUUCGUUGUCUAAAGGCCAUCUUUCAAAUAAACCCACAAUGUCUUUGUA